AUGUCUUGCUUCUCCGGAACAAAAUCAUCGGAAGACGACGACGACGUUUCACUCUCUCUUCUAUUCAGUCUCUCUACCAUACAAGACAAAGUCCAUCAGAUCCAAUCUCUGGUCAGCUUCUUCAUGAUCUCUAACAAUAACCAAACUUCCGGGUCAACGUCUUUGGCCGUGGCUAACAUUGGAAGUUUGGUUCAAGAUAUUAUCACGGCUUCUUCUUCAAUGAUGUUCACUUGCCAACAACUCAACAUCUCAUCUGAUAUCGAUAACAAUCAAACCGCAGAUGCAAUGGUCAUGGAGUUUUCCCGAGAAGAAACCGACCCGGAUCAUGAUUUCUUGCGAGAGUCAUCAACCAAUCAUCUUGGUGUCCAAGAAACAGAACAGAUCUCGUUUCCCAACCAGAACCUUGGCUGGUACGGCACCCAAAUCCUAAACCCUAAAAAAGAACAUCAUCGUUCUAAACCAAGAUCCGGGAACUACGAGCUAGUGGAGCUAGAGGUAGCGGAUCUCCUAGCGAAAUACACGCAUCACUGCCAUAUUUGCGGUAAAGGGUUUAAGAGAGACGCGAAUCUAAGGAUGCACAUGAGAGCGCACGGAGACGAAUACAAGACACGUGAGGCCUUGAUCAGCCCAACGAGCCAGGAAAAGAAAGUCGAAUACUCGUCGAAGAAACACUACUACUCGUGCCCUCAACAAGGGUGUAAAUGGAACCAGAGGCACGAGAAGUUUCAACCGCUGAAAUCAGUGAUUUGCGCCAAGAAUCAUUACAAGAGAAGUCAUUGUCCUAAAAUGUAUAUGUGUAGGAGAUGCAGUGUGAAGCAUUUCUCGGUUCUGUCUGAUCUUAGGACGCACGAGAAGCAUUGUGGAGAUAUCAAGUGGGUUUGCUCUUGUGGGACUAAGUUCUCAAGGAAAGACAAACUUAUGAGUCACGUUUCUUUGUUCUUGGGCCACUCACCGGCCCAUGGACCUUCGCAGCGGCAGCUUCCGGUGUAA